CUAGGGACCGGGACCUAGCAGAAGCGCAACAGAUGUUUUCAGUCGAUGAGCAGGGGCCUUUAUGAGCUACGAAAUGCAGAGAAUCGCUGAGCGGGAUCAUGUAUCUCUGUACGGAAGUACAUGCCACCAUGCACACGAUCUCCUAUCAGCGCCCGUUGUUGGGCUGGUACGAUACUACCUACAUCAAGCCACAUCGCGGGGAUAAUCAAUGCCACCGGAUUUUUAGGGGGCGUUAAAAACAGAACUUGUUUUGUCCCAUGAAUCGCAACACAAAUCAGCAAUUGCAAAGAUCUGACGACACAGGGGCCAAUGUCUCGACCUCUGGGACUUCCGUGCUCUAUCGCGUUUAUCUUCAGUCCCACCUCUUCAACCUCGAGUGAUCUCGAGGGACUGGUUCACUGCCCUCCGACUAUAACGGCGGUAUGUCCCACGCCCCAUGUCCCAUCUGCAAGGCUCGCCAGCGGGAGGAUCACCGAUGCAUAUUGGCCUUAAUAGGGGAGGCCGAUGGAGGAGGAAAUUCUAUGCUGCUGACCGCUCCAUGGCGUACCUAUGAUACAUGCCCCGCCCUGUUAGCAUCCACAAAGUAUCUUCUUGUCUUAUUCUCCAGUUCUUGCCGCGCACUCCGUAAGGCGGGGCAUGCACAGUUCGGCAGGCAACUGACUCAACCCCUACCUGUCUACGAUAUGCAGUCUGUCUGUUUUCACCACAUCUUCGUUUCCCUUGCUGCUCGCUGGACCCGACCCCUUACUCAACACCACCCUUUACCGCUGUCCCUCGCGGCACUUGGUGUGCUUCAGACGGAGCUUUACCUUGGUCUACUACGCGAGCACACUUCCCAUGACCCCCAUGAACUUGAAAAGCAGUAUGCGUAUGGGGUACGCGCAGUGGUGGUGGGCUAUAGGCGGCGAUGGGGGUUGCUACCUUGAAAGUCCAAUGCCCGGGCGGGAUCCGUUUCCGAAAGCC